AUGGUUCGUCAAACUGUGCUCAGUUGCUGGAAAUGGAAAUGGACGCGGAAAGUGCUUUGGUACGAGAAUGUUGACAAAGUUCCUUGGGAAACGGUUGACGUCAUCCUGGUUUCUUACGCACUCAGUCUGGUGCUGUUGCCCUACCUGACCGAGUGCAUGGGUUUCCGAGGCCGUGUCCUGGCUACAGCACCCAUCGUAAAAAUGGGCAAAGUUAUUAUUGAGGAUGUUCUCAAAGAGGCUGAACACAUUACUCAAAGAUCCACCGAUUCAAAGCUGACAACCACUAAUUGUCAUCCACCAAUUGAUGAGCUUUUGCGCAAUUGUCUGCUCAAUUAUACGUCUGAUCAGGCGACUGCGGCCCUUUCGAAGAUUCAGACUGUUGCUUAUCAGGAAACCGUGGACAUAUUUGGGCUUCUAAAAAUAAAAUGCAUCAGCUCAGGUGCCGAUAUCGGCGCUUGCCACUGGGUGCUUAAAUCGCCCUCUGAGAAGCCUAUGGAUUUUUCCGAGUUUUCGGAGGUUGACGUUCUCAUCGUGGGAUCUUUGAACACAAGUCAAUGUCUGCCUUUCGAACAGGCGCUGGAAAACGUCUGCACUGUUACUGUGCAAACUCUGGCACUUGGCGGCCACGUUCUUGUGCCCUGUCUUCCCUCGGGUCUGGUCUUCCAGUUGUUGGAGUCAAUCUCAACCGCCAAAAAUCACUUUAAUGGCCAUUUGCUUGAGGCCUUCGAUCGGCAUUUUGAACACGAUCCAUCGCCAUCCCCCCAGGCCAAAGCCAGUCUGGCCUACGCCAAUGCCUACGGAGAGUGGCUGUCGCCGGACAGAGAAAAUUCGCUCUAUACCGCGGACUCGCCAUUCCCCUUCGAAGCGGUGAGAGCCUUUUAA